AUGUUAAAAUUGCUUCUAAUACUUAUUUAAUUGCUACAAUUGUGUUUUGGAGAUGAAUUACUUGCAGUUCAAAUAAUGUGGAGACAUGGAGCAAGAAAUCCAUAUUUCUGUAAUUGGGGUUGUAAUGAUAAAAUAAAAUAAUCUUUAUCUGAAUUAACACCUGUAGGAAUGAGAUAACAUUAUGUAUUGGGUUAAUGGUUAAAGAAAUAAUAUAUAGAUACUGGAUUUCUAGAACCAUAUUUUAAUGAAAAUUAAAUCUAUAUAGAGAGUAGUAAUACAAAUCGGUAAAUAUUGAAUAUAAUAUUAAGAACAAUUAUGAGUGCUUAUAGUAAUUUAUAAGGAAUGUAUCCACUUGGUCCUAUUGUUCCAGAAAUAUCUUCAGAUUUGUUAUUACCUCCUAUGAUUGAUGUAAAAACUCCUGAUGGAAUAUCAAAUUAUGCGUUACCUAACAGGAUUUAAGUUAUACCUAUACAUAGUAUACAAGAAGAAUUAGAUUAUGUUAUGUAUAUGUAUUGUCCUAAAUUCUGGGAUAAUGGUGCUCAUAAUUUACACACUGAUGUUUACUAUGAUAUUAACAAUCGUUCUUAAGAGUUAAUAAAUUAAUUUAAUAUAUAACUCAAACAAAAUUUAACUAAUAUUGUAGAAUUAUAUGAAUGGAGAGAUACUUUUAUUAGUAAUAUUUAUAAUGGAGGGGAUAACCCUCAAAACUUAACCAAAGAUAUGAUGGAGCAAUUAGACAAAAUUGCAGGACUUGGAUUUCUAUUAAAAUAUACUUAAGACUAUUAUUAAGCAUCUCUUUUGACAAGUGAAUUUUUUAAGAAUGUUUUAAAUGGUUUCGAUGAUAUUUUGAAUGGAACUUCUAAAAUCAAGUAUCAUGCUUAUUCUGCUCAUGACUCUAGCAUUUAUGCCUCUUUAUAUGCUUUGAAUCUAACAAAUGUUGAAUGUUACAAUUAGAGUUAUUUUGGUAAAAUAGAAUCUAAUAAUACUUGCAUUACUACAUAUCCUGAUUAUACUGCGAAUCUCAUUUAUGAAUUAUAUAAUAGUUCAACUCUAGGACCUUAUGUUAAAAUAAUGUAUAAUGGAACUUAUGUUAACAUUUGUCAAGAUAAAGCUUUAACUUGUUAAUACUCUCAUUUCAAAAGUAUUCUUAAAGGCAUUCAGAAAGAUUAUAUAAAAGAAUGUUAAAUUUAUGAUCCUUCAAAACCUAUUGAUUAUUAAACUCCUUGGUGGGCUAUACUCUUCUUUGUUCUUGUAUUGGGUUGUUGUAUCUGCUCUAUUUCUAUGAUUGUUAUUAUUCAUUAAAAAAAAUAAAGGUUUAUAACAUUAAAUGAUGAUUAAUAUAGAGUGUGA